AUGAAAACCCUGUUUUGUGACCUGCUGCUGCUCAGCCUCUUCUCCAGCGUGUCCAGCACCUGUCAGAAGGACUGUAUGGCCUGCAGAGAGAAGCUCCGCCCACCUCUUGACAGCGUCAACCUUGAGGUAUGCAUCCUCGAGUGUGAAAGGAAGGUUUUGUCCGGCCCUCUCUGGACUCCGUGCACCAAGGUCAUGGCGAGGGGCUCCUGGCAGCUCAGCCCUGCUGACCCAGACCACGUGGCAGCUGCUCUUGACCAGCCAAGAGCCUCUGAGAUGCAGCAUCUGAAGAGAAUGCCCCGUGUCAGGAGCCUCUUCCAAGCUCAGAAAGGGACAGAGCCCGGCGUGGAGGAGGUGGGGGACAUGGAGAAGAAACAGCUGCAGAAGAGGUUCGGGGGUUUCACCGGAGCCCGGAAGUCGGCCCGGAAGUUGGCCAACCAGAAGCGGUUCAGUGAGUUCAUGAGGCAGUACCUGGUCCUGAGCAUGCAGUCCAGCCAGCGCCGGCGCACCCUGAACCAGAAUGGUGUCCGGGUGAUCCACAAAUCAGCAUGUCUCCAGCCCCAGACCUGCCGGCUGGGAGUCAGGACUCCUUACUCCCCAAGGCCCUGAGGCAGGCCUUGUCUCCGGGCCUCCAGCCCCAGGGCCCAGCCCCAUCUGGCUGUCUUUCCCUUCCCCGCUCCUUCCUGCCCCCUCCCCCCAUGGCAUGUUUCAUGGCAACCCUGUUACUACAUCAGAGUGUAUUUUUGUAAUUCUUCCAGCUAACAUUUAAACAGCCCCAUCUUUCCUUCUCACCCGCCUCUUCCCUCUUCUAGGGGUGGGUUCAAGGAACAGGAAAUCAAGAGUGGGCUUUUGACUCA